GCGCCUCCCGCGGCCAACCCGCAGCUGGCCGAGCCGCGGCCCGCCGCGGAGCCCACGGCGGGCCAGUUUUAUUUGGCGGCCUGCGGCGGCAGGCGCGGCGUCGUGGAGGUGAAGUCCAUCGACUCGGCCAGCGGGUCGAUGUCGGUCCAGUGGUACGCCCCGUACCGCAACCCGAGGGUUGGCGGCGAGGCGUGCCUCCGCAGGGCCGCGCGGGGGGCGGAGGCGCAGGUGCAGCCCAGCUCCAUCGGGCGUCCUCCUGUCUGUCGCACGGACCGCUUGCGCUCGACCGGGCCAAGCGGCUGCCGCAGGGCGUCGCCGCAGCGCUCGCGCAGGGCCGCGCCCGCUGCCAGGGCGGCGGCGCCUCCACGCUGCGGGAGGCGCAGGCCGCGACCCGCAAGAGGCCCGCCGCCGCUGCGGGGGGAGCCUCCGCCGGCGCCGCUCCAGCGAGGCGGCGGGCUGCCGCGGCGGCCGAGGCGCCCAGGUGCGUCUCGAAACGCCGGCGGGUCGACAAGAGCGACCUGGCGGCGCCCACCGAAAUCCCUCCGCACGAGCUCACCCUGAAUCAGCUUGCCCAGCUGAUCUGGAGGUUCGCUUUCUACUGAAGCGCGCGCGGCGGGGGCGCCGGGGAGGGAACGUGAUGUCUCAGAGGAGGCAGGGAUUUACCGAUGCCACUGUUCGUCCUGGAGAGCCGUCGUCGAC